GUAUCAUGUUGUUCUCGGAAACCAACGGAACUCUUCCCCAGAUUCCAUAAACACCGAACGAGGAGAAGAGAAGAAAGGGAAGAAGAAGAGAGAGAGAGAGAGAACAAAAGAAAAAUAUUCGUAAAGGAAAUCCAACGUUGUGAAGUGAAACGUUUAUUUUUUUUUUUCCAAGAACACGCAAUCUCACGCAACAAAGGACCUUUUUUUUUUCCUUCUUUGGCUUCGAUACUAAGGCUUCAAGUCCCUCCCUCUCCCCACACUCCGAGUCCUGUGGGAGUGAGAGAAGGAAGCUCGAGGAAGAGAGAGAGAGAAAGAAAGAAAGAGAGAGAGAGAGAGAGAAACAAAGAAAAUCCCGUUUUAUUAUCAUGGGCCGUUUUAAUGAGGUCUGCUGUCCUCAGCAUCCAGAAGCACACUUAAUAGAGGAUUACCGUGCUGGUGACCAGAUCUGCUCAGAAUGUGGUCUGGUUGUAGGUGACAGAGUGAUUGAUGUGGGUUCAGAGUGGCGUACAUUCAGCAAUGAAAAGGCCAACAGUGACCCUUCCCGUGUGGGAGGGGCGGAAAACCCACUCCUAAAUGGCUCUGAUCUUUCCACCAUUAUUGGACCCGGCACAGGCAGCGCAUCAUUCGAUGGGUUUGGAGGGUCCAAAUAUCAGAACAGAAGAUCUAUGUCAGGUUCAGACCGCGCCCUCAUCAAUGCCUUCCGAGAGAUCAGUAACAUGGCAGACAAGAUCAACCUGCCAAAAGCCAUUACUGACAGAGCAAAUAUGUUGUUCAAACAGGUGCACGAUGGCAAAAAUUUGAAAGGACGUAGCAAUGAUGCCAUCGCGUCGGCUUCCUUAUACAUAGCCUGUCGACAGGAGGGAGUACCCAGAACCUUCAAAGAAAUUUGUGCUGUGAGCAAGAUUAGUAAGAAAGAGAUUGGACGAUGCUUCAAACUCAUCUUGAAGGCUCUGGAAACCCAAGUAGAUCUUAUCACCACUGGAGACUUCAUGUCAAGGUUUUGCUCAAAUCUUGGCCUCCCGACAGCUGUCCAGAAGGGUGCCACCCACAUUGCCAGGAAAGCUGUUGAUUUGGACAUCGUUCCUGGAAGGUCACCCAUUUCUGUAGCAGCAGCAGCAAUUUACAUGGCCUCCCAAGCUUCAGAGGACAAGCGAACUCAGAAGGAAAUUGGUGAUAUUGCUGGUGUUGCAGAUGUCACCAUCAGACAGUCGUACAAGCUUAUGUACCCAAGAGCAAAGGAACUUUUCCCAGAAGACUUCAAGUUCUAUACACCUGUGGAGCAGCUGCCACAGUUAUAGAGUUCGUGUUUUACAGAGGAGCUCUUUGGAGAUGUCAUUAACAUUUAAAUAUAGUGGGUUUAACCCCCAUUUUAUAGGAAUAAGUACCUUGGAAGUUUUUUAUUUUGAUUUUUUACCCCCUGUUAGGUUCUUAAGUUAAUGAGUUUCUUGAGAGGAUUGACUAGGUAGCAAGAAGGCAGUUAAUACUCAUUAAAGAUGAAGGGGUAAGAAAGUGAUGUGGAUGAGGCAGAGAUUUUUAAGAAUGCCAUGAGGUUGACUCUUGAAAAUCAAAUAUACCAUAUAUCUUUUAUUGCUCUAUGAAAACACAAAAUUAUAUUCUUUGUAAAUUGUCAGGAGAUUCCUUGCUUAUUAGCAAUUUUAAUAGAUAAAAGUUUGCAUUCAAAGAUUAUUUUCUUUUGUGUUUUCUAAAAAGUGUAAAAAAAAAACAAAAAGCAAAACCAGAAAAAAAGGAAAUCUUUUUAUGUUGUGUAACCUUACUGAUUACUGAGAAAUCAUUUUAACUGAUCACAAAAUGAAAGACAGAGUGAAUUGUGAAACAAAGAAAAGGGGGUUAAAAAAAAACAAAAACAAAAAUAAAAACUUCGGAAAACUUAUGUACUUGUUUAGAUAUGUAUAUUUAUACAUUAAUGUAUACAAGAUUAUUGAUGUAUAAUGAGGUAACUUAUAUGUAGCAUUUGAUGGAUUGUUUUUUCAAAGGGUAAUUACUGAAAUAUAAUUAUUUUAUAUAUUCAGGAAAGGAACUUGUGUAAUGAUUAAUAACAGGAAGUUCACCCAAGUGUGGAUUCAGAAACACUUAGUGUUUCUAUAAGCAUAUUGUUAAUUGAGGUUUUAUCAUAUAUUUUUAUUUAUUUUUUAUUUGUAUUUAAUUAUUUAUUUUUUUACCAGGUAGGUUGCUAAAAUACAAACAGCAAGGAAACAAUUCAUUCAUGUGUCUGAAGAAGGGAAAAAUUGUUUGGUAACAGUCAAAAAAAAAAGAAAAAAAGAAAAAAAAAAGAGAUGGCAUCACCAUGGGCCCUUGGAAUUUAUACCUUUUGUAUGUAGGCAUAACUAUUACAGCAUGCCUUGGUCAGUAUCAAAUGUUUUUAGAAGUAAAUUAACCCUCUGAAUGUUUGUAGGUUAUUGGGCAAUGUAGAUGAAAAGAAAGUACAAAAUAAAUACUUUUUUGACAAUG